AUGGCAAGCUUUCCCAUCGGUUUUACUGAGAGUGCAGAGCAGUCCUUAGGUCCUGAACUCUCAGAUGAGCUCACCAUGGCCCUUGCUGCAGGGGAGUGGUGGGCUAUUAUGGAGGUUUCAAGUCCCAUCUCUGAGGAGCCAGAGUAUUGCGACUUCACCUGGCCUCCACGCCCCAUAUCCCUGAAGUCGAUGAAGCAGUGGAGCCAAAACAAGACACAGGGAGCUCCUGUGCCCACCAGGUCCCAACAGGAAUCACCUGUGGCUGUUGGGUCCCCACAGAAAGCACCUGUGCCCACUGGGUCUCCACUAGGACCACCUGUGCCCAAGUCUCAAGAUUGGCGAAAUCUAAAUUUCUCUGAGCCUCUUAAGCAGGAGCGGCUGUAUCAGCAGAGAAAGUGGAGGCAGAAAAAGACACCGGAAGCACCAGUGGCUGUUGAGCCCCCACAGAAAGCACCUGUGCCCAUAGGGUCUCCACUAGGACCACCUGUGCCCCAGUCUCAAGAUUGGCGAAAUCUAAAUUUCUCUGAGCCUCUUAAGCAGGAGCGGCUACAUCAGCAGAGAAAGUGGAGGCAGAAAAAGACACAGGAAGCACCAGUGGCUGUUGGUUCCCCACAGAAAGCACCUGUGCCCACUGGGUCUCCACUAGGACCACCUGUGCCCCAGUCUCAAGAUUGGCGAAAUCUAAAUUUCUCUGAGCCUCUUAAGCAGGAGCGGCUGCAUCAGCAGAGAAAGUGGAGGCAGAAAAAGACACAGGAAGCACCAGUGGCUGUUGAGCCCCCACAGAAAGCACCUGUGCCCACUGGGUCUCCACUAGGACCACCUGUGCCCCAGUCUCAAGAUUGGCGAAAUCUAAAUUUCUCUGAGCCUCUUAAGCAGGAGCAGCUACAUCAGCAGAGAAAGUGGAGGCAGAAAAAGACACAGGAAGCACCAGUGGCUGUUGGUUCCCCACAGAAAGCACCUGUGCCCACUGGGUCUCCACUAGGACCACCUGUGCCCCAGUCUCAAGAUUGGCGAAAUCUAAAUUUCUCUGAGCCUCUUAAGCAGGAGCAGCUGCAUCAGCAGAGAAAGUGGAGGCAGAAAAAGACACAGGAAGCACCAGUGGCUGUUGAGCCCCCACAGAAAGCACCUGUGCCCAUAGGGUCUCCACUAGGACCACCUGUGCCCAAGUCUCAAGAUUGGCGAAAGCUAAAUUUCUCUGAGCCUCUUAAGCAGGAGCAGCUGCAUCAGCAGAGAAAGGAGCACCUGUGCUCAAGUCUCUACAGAUACCAUCUGUGCCUGCCCCAAAGCCUCUGA